ACGGGGCAGAAUGUUUCCUCCCUCUCCUCUCCUUCCCCCUCACUGCCAUGAGAGAUCUGUGCACCACCCAGAACCAAGCCUGCUGGCAAGAGUGCAUCCAGAAGGAGGCCGCAGCCCGGGUCGCCUGGAAGAUCCACUAUGGCCACAAGUACCUAAAGGGGGGGCCCACGCCCAGGAAGCGGGUCCAGCGGGCCCCCUUCGGCUUAGCCUUGGCUGCCACCAGCUCCACUGAGAGCAAGGAGGUACAGGUCGGGUGGCCAGAGUCCAAGGGGGUCAGGGAUCAGCUGUCUGGGGGAGGGGGUGUCCAGGGCCCGUCGCCCAAGGGAAACAAAGUCUGGGAGGCCCAAAGAGCAACUCAAGGGCCGUCAGUCCAGCCCAAGCCAGAGGGCUUAGAAAUGAGGCAGGUUCCCCCCAGCACCCUGCAGUUGUUCUUCCAAGGCCUCUCUCACGAUGGCCAAGGCCGGGCCUUGUACCUCCGGGAGCGGCAUUGCCAGAAGCCUGAGGAGAAGUUUCUGUACCCGAUCCUGUCAUCCUGGGAGUACGGCUGGCACGUGGGGGACACAGGUGCCAUGAAGGACACCAGGGCUCCGACUUAUGCCAGGCGCCAGCCCAUCACAAAGACCUUUUACAUCAAAAGCGGCGUCUUCCAUUUUCCACGGCGAACAGACCAGCUAAUGUGAACUCACUGGGGGUUCAGAAACUGCUCCUGCCUCUUCCUAUCGUCUGUGUGGACCCUGCCGAGCAGAGAUGCCGCCAGCCCCAGCCACCCUCCCUCUGUUGUGUCCAGCCCUGUCUCCUGUUUACCCUGGGCACCCCUCCGGGAUUCACAGUGGCCCACCUGCUGCCUCUUGUAUGUCCUCAGAGAAUCAGCUCCUUGCAGAGCCCCCAAACCCUCCAUCACCAGCAACGUGUAGGGUGCUAGCUGCUCUCCUGGGGGAAACAGUGGGGUCUCCCGCAUGCUCCAGCAGCAGCAUGGUGGGGGUGGGGGGGCAGGGGAGGGGCUCGCUAAGAUCUUAUUAUGGUGCUAAGUGGAGGAGGGGACUCUCUCCCAGUCUUUACUUGCUCUUCAUUUUAUCAAAGGGACCCACAGCAGAAUUGCUUGGUCCCUGUGUAUCCCACAGUUUAGGGAAGAAGUGGUUUCCAUGUUGACUUGCUGUUUCUCUCACCACCCACCCCACAAAGAACCUGCAUGGGUCAGGUUUGCUUUGCUGCUGUAACAAACAGCCACUACAUCCCACUUGCUUUAACCAGUAAAGAUAUAUUUCUUACAACACA